CAAAGUAAAAGUGACACAAGUUCAUUUUUUAAAGGAAGGGGGGAGGCGAAGGCGCGCGCGGAGGAGCAGAACCUCGGAGCCGGAGGCGCUGUCCUCGGUGCUGACGGGCCCCUGGAGCGGUGGGAGCGCGGCGACAGGACCUCCCUGGCCAGGUGGAGCGUCAUGCGCCGCGGGCCGCCGCCGCCGCCGCCGCCGCUAUCCGCGGUGCUGACGCCGCCAGGUGCGCUCCGUUCCGCCGACUGGUAGCGCGGCUCCGGCCCGCUGCUCUCCGCGGUACUGACCCCGCUGCCCUCAGCGGCUGCUAGCCUGGAGGAAGCUUGCGGUUUGGGUUUUUUUUUUUUUUUUUUUUUUUAAAGCCGUUCUUUAUUUAGAUUCCAACAUCCUCGCAUCUCUUCUGUGCCAAACGGGCGCUCAGGCCGUCCAUCUCCCCAACUUGGCGCACCCUCCCUCCCAUUCCUCCCUGACACUCCCACCACCCCCCCUCGGCUCGGCAGCUCGGCGCGAUGCUGCAGAAGACGCGCUGAGCCCUUUUGGAUCUAAUGCGCAGAGGAGGUUGGCCCAGAGCUCCCCGGCUCCCCCAAGGCUGAACUCCGUCCAAGGUGCCCGCAGGCUCCCUGCCCGCCUUCCCCAUGCCAGCCCGCAGCUAGGGGCAGGGGCAGCGGCGGCUGGGGUUGGGGGUGGGUGGGGAGCUUUUGGGGAGGACAGGUCGCAGCUUGGCUAUGGAAGGCUCCAAUGGCUUUGGGAUCGACUCCAUUCUCUCCCACCGUGCGGGCAGCCCCGCCCUUCCCAAGGGGGACCCCUUGCUUGGGGACUGCCGCUCGCCCCUGGAGCUGAGUCCGCGCUCGGAGAGCAGCAGCGACUGCUCUUCACCAGCCUCACCAGGAAGGGACUGUCUGGAGACGGGCACCCCGAGGCCUGGCGGGGCAUCAGGCCCAGGUUUGGACUCCCACCUGCAACCUGGGCAGCUCUCGGCCCCAGCCCAGUCGCGCACCGUGACCUCCUCCUUUCUGAUCAGGGACAUCCUUGCCGACUGCAAACCACUAGCGGCCUGUGCACCCUACUCUAGCAGCGGGCAGUCGGCCGCCCCUGAGCCUGGGGGCCGUCUUGUGGCCAAGGCUGGGGAGGACUUUAGAGACAAGCUGGACAAAAGUGGCAGUAACGCCUCGUCGGACUCCGAGUAUAAAGUGAAGGAGGAAGGCGACCGCGAGAUCUCCAGCUCCCGGGACAGCCCCCCGGUGCGCCUGAAGAAGCCCCGCAAAGCGCGCACGGCCUUCACGGACCAUCAGCUGGCGCAGCUGGAGCGCAGCUUCGAGCGGCAGAAGUACCUGAGCGUGCAGGACCGCAUGGAGCUGGCCGCCUCGCUCAACCUCACCGACACGCAGGUCAAGACCUGGUACCAGAACCGGAGGACUAAAUGGAAGCGACAGACGGCAGUCGGGUUGGAGUUGCUGGCGGAGGCAGGCAAUUACUCAGCGCUCCAGCGGAUGUUCCCGUCGCCUUAUUUCUACCCGCAGAGUCUAGUUUCCAACCUGGAUCCCGGCGCCGCACUGUAUCUGUACCGCGGGCCCAGCGCGCCGCCGCCGGCCCUGCAGAGACCUCUGGUGCCCCGCAUCCUCAUCCACGGACUCCAGGGCGCCAGCGAGCCGCCACCGCCGCUGCCCCCGCUGGCCGGCGUCCUCCCGCGCGCCGCGCAGCCUCGGUGAAGCGCCCAACCGCCUCCCUGGGGCUCCGCGUGCGCCCCUUCCGCCUGCCCUUCGCGGGGCGCGGGGUUUCAACGCCCCUUCCCCGGGGCCCCCUGGCCGGCCCUCCCUGGACUCCCAGCCAGUGUCCCCCGAAGGGCCCUGUGCCAAGACUACUGAAGCCCGGACCCGGACUGAGUCUCCCUAACACCCCCCGCGGGCUCCGUCCCCGCCACGCGGUCAAGGAGCCACUCCCACCCGCCGGUGUACAUAACCGCCCCCCCCCACGGCUCCCCAAGGCGCCCCGCCCUGCACCUUCCUGGGAGGAGGUGGGGGGCGACCCCGACGCUGCACUCUUUCCCGCUCCCCCUUCAUGCUGCAGCUGUACACCCGGCCCUCCCCCCGCACCCCGACAGGCGGAGGGGACUGUGGAGCCCUCCUCCUGGGCCGCAGCAGAGCUGUACAUAAGGUGUGCAAAGUGUAUAUGAAGUUAUUUAUUCGUGACCCAUGAGCCCGUGACCGUGUCCGUGAAUCAGUGAGUCUGUGGCCUGUGCCCUCUUCCCUCCCAGGUGAGGCAGGAAGGGGUCGGGCUUGUCCACCACCCCGACCCCCAGCCUCCUGUCCGGCGGCAGGCAGGCCCUCGGGUUCUCUCUCUUUUUUAAAUGUCGAAAUAAACUUCUUACAAAUGACCAUGCGCCUGUCCGCGCUCAGCCCUUCUUUCCGGCCCCUCCUUAAGAUUCAUUUUCCCCUCCUGGGACGCGGCUUCCUUCCAUCCGCAAUAGGAAAUAUUUUUGUCCCCCUCUCUUCCUUGGCGCUGUGGUCAGGGGGCCCACUGGCCUCGCUGGGGUCCCCGGGCAGGGGCCUCCGCUCCCUGGCCUCAGUCUUCCUGUCUCUACAGUGAGGCGAGCCUACUGCUCUCCCCACCGCCCCCCUUCCCUCUCCAUCUGGUUCCUGGCGGCUCCCAGCCGGUCCCGGGGGCCGGAGCGGGGGUCAGCGCCUGGGCUCGCUCGGCGGCGGGCCGGGCUGCGGUGCCCUCGCUGAGCCGGCUCAUCUGGCCGCAACAAGGGCGCCGGCAGCUGGUGACCGGCCCGCCGGGCGCGGGGCCGACAGAUGGGCUCCGAGGCUACUCCCCCCGCCAGCCCCCUCCGCCCCGCGCUCCGGCCGAGAUCGGGCUCCGGCCGCUCGCGAACGCCAAGGCGGCUCAGGCCCCGCGCCGCCAGGACCCGACAAGCCUUCGCUGGGAUCCUGAUGCUGCAUGGGUAACCCCCCAAUCCCGCAUCUUCUCACUUCUCCCCUUGACCCUGGGAGCACGUAGAUGAGACCCAGAAGGGAGCCAAAUCCCCGCGUCAGCCCCAUGCCCCAGCCUGCGGCUCCAGGAUCUCAGGGGAGGGGGUUUAAGGCUCCAGCCAGACUCGAGGCCUCCAGUUCAUGUUCAAAGGGCCAAGGUCACCUCCUGAGGCCGGUGGCUCUCAGGGGAAGUGGGCGCAGGUGCUUCCCUCCCACACACCACCUGCAGCUCGGACUCUCAGGGCAGAAGACAGGCUCAGGGCCCAGAAGUUUUGGGGCCCUGCAAGCAGGGCCCCCUCCAGUUUUGUGGCAGGAUUGCUGUGGGAGGGCUGCCUCCUGGGGGAGGGGUGGAGGGCAUGUUUAAACUACCCUCCCCAAACGGACCCUGCUACUGUUUCCUCCCCCCCCCCCAACCGCUUUUCUUUCCCGGGACGGUGAGGGUAUUAUUCUAAUUUUGCAAAAUGCACAGCAGCUAAUUAAGUCAAGGAGCCUCUCGGCUUUCGAGUUCUUUUGCAUGUGAAUGGGGGUUGGUAAAUCCCCAGCUCUGGCUGCGGUGGGGGGCGAGGGGAGACUGUCCCCAACUCAGGGUUAAUGAAGUGGGAAAGGAGUCUCUCAUAGCCUCCUGCAAACAAAACCCCCCACGCAACAAACCCAGCCGAAAUCCUACAUGGAUUGACUUAAGCCCAGGGGAUAAGUGCUUUAAAUUAAUCUCAUUGAAUAAGAAUGAGACCAAACAAAACUCUUUAAAAUCAUAUUAAAAAUCUA